CCUCAGACACUCACCAGUCUCUGCCUGAAGCAGUAAUCGGACAACUCUCGUUCUCAAUAAGUCAGUCUCCUGAGAUACUGAGCUAGGCUCAAUGGGUUCCAACACCUAAAAUGAGAAAGAAAAAAGUAGUCCUGUAGUUUACAUUUACUGCGCUACAGCUUCUACCAACACUCUGAGAGCUGUUUAAGACAGCGGGCUGUCCUCUCUGCUGGACUGGCCGACCGUUUUUCCAGAAGAUUUCUUUUUUUUAAAGGGGAGGAUAAAAGAGGGGAUAAACACACAGGGAUUCAACUCUAAUUGUAAAACAAUUAAGGAGCUUGCCAGAGCAAACACACGCCUCAUGAAGUUCUCAUCCGCCCAUCACCGAGGUCUAUGGAAAUGCAGGAUCUAGCCAGUCCUCACAGCCGAGUAAGUGGAAGCAGCGAAUCUCCUAAUGGUCCCAACCUCGACAACUCCCACAUCAGUAACAAUUCCAUGACCCCCAAUGGCACAGAAGGUGAUAACAUCACAAUGCUCACCACUGCAGACUGGUUGUUAGGUUCUAACUCACAGUCUACAGCAGUUAAAACAGAGCCAAUGAGCAGCAGUGAAAUCGCCUCUUCAAUCACAGACUCCGCUUUAGACAGCUUCUCAGGAUCAGCUAUUGGAACCAGUGGCUUCAGCCCAAGACAAACUCACCAGUUCUCUCCGCAGAUUUACCCGUCCAACAGGACGUACCCACAUAUUCUGCCGACUCCUUCGUCUCAAAACAUGGCUGCGUACGGGCAGACGCAGUACACCACAGGAAUGCAGCAGGCCGCAGCAUAUGCAAGCUACCCUCAGCCUGGUCAGCCCUAUGGCAUCCCUGCUUAUGGUCCAUUGUGGGCAGGCAUAAAGACCGAAGGGGGUCUGAGCCAGUCCCAAUCCCCGGGACAGACGGGCUUCCUGAGCUACGGCUCUGGCUUUACCACACCACAGACGGGACAGGCCCCUUACAGUUACCAGAUGCAGGGUGGUUCUUUCACAACAACAUCUGGGUUGUAUGCAGGAAACAACUCAUUGACGAACUCAACAGGCUUUAACAGCACACAACAGGACUACCCCGGUUAUCCAGGUUUUGGCCAGGGCCAAUAUGCUCAGUAUUACAACAGUUCCCCAUAUACCUCACCCUACAUGACAAGUAAUAACACCAGCCCCAGCACCCCUUCCACCACCACCACAUAUACUCUCCAGGAGCCCCCCGCUGGGAUCACCAGCCAAGCUCUUACAGACAACCCUGCAGCAGAGUACAGCACCAUCCACAGUCCAUCAACCCCCAUUAAAGAUUCAGAUUCAGAUCGAUUGCGCCGGGCCUCGGAUGGAAAGUCACGUGGCCGUGGAAGAAGGAACAACAACCCAUCACCACCGCCCGACUCUGACCUUGAGCGAGUUUUCAUCUGGGACCUGGAUGAAACAAUCAUCGUUUUCCAUUCCUUGCUCACGGGGUCUUAUGCCAACAGAUACGGACGGGACCCUCCAACUUCUGUAUCAUUAGGACUAAGGAUGGAAGAAAUGAUCUUCAACUUGGCAGACACACACUUAUUCUUUAACGACUUAGAGGAAUGUGACCAGGUACAUAUUGAUGAUGUGUCCUCAGACGAUAAUGGCCAGGAUCUAAGUACAUAUAACUUCAGCGCUGAUGGUUUCCACGCAGCAGCUACGAGUGCCAACCUUUGCCUGGCCACAGGCGUGCGGGGAGGCGUGGACUGGAUGAGAAAACUCGCCUUCCGCUACAGACGAGUAAAAGAAAUCUACACCACCUACAAAAAUAAUGUUGGAGGUCUGCUGGGCCCUGCCAAAAGGGAAGCCUGGUUGCAAUUGCGAGCAGAAAUUGAAGCCUUGACGGACUCCUGGUUAACACUGGCACUGAAAGCACUAACAUUAAUCCACUCAAGGUCAAACUGUGUGAAUAUCCUGGUGACCACCACGCAGCUCAUCCCAGCCCUGGCGAAGGUCCUGCUUUACGGCUUGGGAGUUGUCUUCCCUAUAGAGAAUAUUUAUAGUGCAACAAAAAUAGGGAAGGAAAGCUGCUUUGAGAGAGUAAUUCAAAGAUUCGGGAGGAAAGUUGUUUACAUUGUUAUCGGAGACGGUGUGGAAGAAGAACAAGGCUCAAAAAAGCACAACAUGCCUUUCUGGAGGAUCUCCAGCCAUUCGGACCUCAUGGCCCUCCACCAUGCUCUGGACCUGGAGUACUUGUAGCACUGCACCACAGUACGCCCCUCUCUACGCAUCAGGACAUAGAUCCAACCGCCUUUCACCAUUGCUCUCGGCCCCCAUCUCAUGCUUGCUGUGGCCUCCAGACUACAGAAAGAGGGAAAAGCCCCUCCAUCCCACCCCCUUCCUCCUUUGCAUGCUGCAUCUAUCUUUUGCUACAAUGAAAGGAAAAAGAAGAGGACAGUGGGGGAAAAAAGAAGCACACGGUUAAUGUGCUGACAUAUAGUCACACAUUGUCUUAACCCUGAAACUUUUUUGUGCCUUUUUUUUUCUCUUCUGCAACACAAAGAACGGGAGAGAGGUGAAUUUACAGUGCAGCAGCUGCUCGCCCUGGUUACUGUGAAUCGGCUGCUUUCUAAAGCUGUUAAAGUGUUUUACUGCCCCUCCACACCUUCCCGUUUGUGCCGGGGCUCCAUCAGGUUUCACACCUUGGAAGAGAACAGAGCUACUGACGGACUCGCCUUCCUUGCUGCAGAACUCUGCUUCAGCCGCUGGCUAAGAUUUCUGCUGCUUUCUCCUCUGCAUCCUCUGCGUUUUACCACUUUUUGACUUCCACGUCUCCCUUCUCUGUAAAUGGACAGACAGGCUUAUAGUGAUUUUUAUCAGCCUCAACGGGGGAGUCCUGUGCUUCUUAUUUAUGAAGAGACUUUGCGAGUGGCCCAAGCGCCACUGAGAAGGUACCUCGAUGACAAAGACUUGUGCCUUUUACAAACAAACAAACAACGAGGGAAAAAAAAGACAUUUAUGGAAGAAUUACAAAAAAAA